AUGUUGAGUCUGGCAACACAAUACUACCAAGUCAUGUUGACAUGGGGAGUGCUCGGGGGAAUAUGCACGGGACUCUUGUACAUCCCCAGCGUUGCCAUGAUUCCUCUGUACUUCAUCUCUCACCGUGGUCUCGCUCUUGGCUGUGCGACUGCUGGUGGAUCUUUUGGUGGUGUUAUCUAUCCCAUCGUUGUCCGUCACUUGCUCAAUACUGGAGGUUUCGGCUGGGCUUGCCGAACCAUGGGAUUCAUCGCCCUCUUCACCCUCAGCGUCGCUGCCGUUAUUAUCAAACCAAGCGUCCAGGCCGUCAAAAAGCCAACACGGCAGCUGUUCGACAGAUCUAUCAUCAAGGACCGGGCGUUCACUGUCUUUGUCUUGGCCUCUUUCUUUAUGUGGCUAGGCUUCCUCGUACCUUAUAUCCUUACGCCUACAUUCGGCCUCGUUGGACUCGAUCACCCCGUACCUGAGGACCUUGCAUAUUAUAUGUUGGCUGUCCCGAAUGCUGCCCAAGCCCUCGGAAGAAUUAUCCCUGCAACGAUGGUGGAACGGAAGCUCCUUUCCGCCGAAACUAUUCUGCUGUUCAACUCAGUGGUGGCUGGAACCCUGGCGCUAUGCUGGAUCGUUGUUCAUAACCUCGGCGGAUUUGCUGCUUUUCUCGUUCCCUACGGAUUCUUUUCUGGCGCUGUGACUACAUUGCCCGCGUUCAUCAUUCCAUAUCUCAGCCCGUCUUUAGCCGUCAUUGGCACUCGAAUGGGAGUAGUGUACGGCGCAGCAGGCUUCGGUGCUCUGAUCGGGACUCCGAUUGCUUUGGCGAUAGAUACUCAUGGUCGUUCCUUUUUGGGUGCUCAGUUGUGGAAUGGGCUGACAAUUAUUUUUGCAUCAUGCCUUUGUGUGUACCCUCUACAUGAAGCAAGGAAGCGACGAGUUGCAAUUGAGGGAAAGGCUGAAGCCCAGUCUGAAGCUAUAAACAAAUAA